CAUUUUACAAGACAACUAUUUGCCGUUCGUCAAGCUGUUUCAGGACCCCAGGAUGUCCAUGCUUGCCGAGCCCCGGAGGAAGCAGAAGUGGUCUGUUGACCCCAGGAACAGCGCCUGGAGUAAGGAUGAAUCCAAAUUUGGCCAGAAGAUGCUGGAGCGAAUGGGCUGGUCCAAGGGCAAGGGCCUGGGCAGGACUGAGCAAGGCUCCACUGAUCAUAUCAAAGUAAAAUUGAAAAACAACAGCUAUGGGCUUGGAGCCAAUACCAGCCAUGAAGACAAAUGGAUUGCCCACCAAGAUGACUUCAAUGAGCUACUUGCUCAGCUGAACAACUGCCAUGGUCAAAACAACAGCAACGAUCCUCCACCAGAUGAGCAGAAAGGCUUCAGCUUGGAAGAGAAAUCCAAGACCUCCAAAAAGAGGGUCCAUUACAUGAAAUUUACAAAAGGAAAGGACCUGUCCUCCCGUAGUGAAACAGACCUUAACUGUAUCUUUGGAAAGAGAGCAAAAUCUGUCAAAGAACAAGAGCAGGAGAGCAACGGCAGUGAUUCUCCGUGUGAGCCAGAGGAGAGCGUGACUCUUGCUGCUUCUGAACUGGACACAGAGUCCAUCACCAAGACUGUGACAAGUUCCCUCACGAUGCAGGAGUAUUUUGCACAGCGAAUGGCCCAACUGAAAAAAGGUCGGGGACAGGCACAGAGUCAGACAUCCACAGAGGAGACAGAGACCAAUGAGUUGUCUGGUCCAUCUGAGGAAUUCAGUUCCAUCUACAGUAGCAACAAGGAUAUGGAGGAGCCCAAGACGAAGAAGAAGAAGAAGAAGAAGAAGAAGAAGAAGAAGAACAGGGCUACAGAUGAGUCUGAAGUGGUGGAAGAGAACUCUAGUACUCCCAUUGUUGUGGAAGUUAUUGAGAACCAGGAGCACGACGGUUUAAAGAAGAAUAAGAAGAAGAACAAGAGGAAAUUGGAGGAAAAUGAAGUUGCUGUAGACAAAACCUGCAGCUCCACCUCUGGUGUGGAGCAGAACUGUGAGGAGCUUCCUCCUUCCAAAAAGAAAAAGCUUAAAAAGCAACAGAAACAGGAAAACGGAGAGGAGGUGAAUGAUAUUGACGAUGGUCCAGCCGAGGAGGUGGUAGUUGUUAAGAAAUCCAAGAAGAAGAAGAAGAAGAAACAUCAAGAAUAGUUUGAAGUCGGGGGUUAAAACAAUCCUUCAGUUCUCAUUGAGCUGUUGUGGCUCAAUGGAAUGGCCUUUUAUGAGUGAAUCAGUGCGUUUAUAAACAACACUGUUACUCUACGGUGAGAAAGUGAGGGUUUGAUAUUUGAUCAAGCUGCACAGUGAAGCCACAGACUUGUACAAGUGGACACUGGGAUUUAUUAUUCCUGCAGAUAAAUGCAGUUUGACUGAAGCCGACAAACUGUUUCAAACAACCCUCUUUAAAUGAAUUGGAUCAAGCUAAUGUGCUGCAUUUUAUACAAGUCUGUCUCAUGAGUUAAACAGUCGGAUUUCCUGUUAUUCUUCAAUCAUGUAACCUGUCAAAAUGCUUUCAAAUGUUGACAUUGUGUAUGAUUCAAUUUUUAAUACAUUAUCAUUGAGCAACAUUUCAGAGGCUUUUGUUAUACUUAAGCAUUUGUGACACAUAUGAGUGUUGAAAUUAAUUGUAUCUUGAUAGUAUUUCAAGCAGCACAUAGAAAACUGCAUGCGAUUAGAAAUACAUUUAAUAAUGAAUUUACUUGCAGCAUUUAGUUAAAUGCUGUAAAUCAAAUGUUUCUGUGUUUUUUGUUUUACUUGAAAAGGGUUGGAUUUAUAAAGAUAUAAAAUGUAGACUGGAUUAGGCAAUUCAAGCUGCUUGUAAUCUAAGAAAAGACAUCUGAAAAUAAAAGACACUUACCAUUUCA